AUGAGUCCCGAAUCAUUAAAACGUGGUUGCUGUGCUGUAUGUGCUCAUAAUGUAUGCGCCCAAGAAUUGCGGUCUGUAGAAGCAGCGAAGAUACCGUUACAUCUGUUGCGGAACGAUUGUCUGCCAGAGCAUAUGCUGCCUUGCACAUAUGAUCUCGAGUUAUAUGGCCGUGCAAUUUUAUAUGCCAAGGGUUUGACGAGUUGCUGGUCCCUAUCAGAAAUGUAUAUGUGUUCUUCAUGCCAUUCGGCGCUCAUUUCUAAGUGUCCUCGUCAGCCAGUGAAUUCUCUCGCUAAUUUUCAAUACUACGGGCAUGAAAGGUUAUCUCCAGAGAUUCGCGAGGCUUUCUCUUCGGCUUCUAUUUAUGAUUUGAUGUUGGUCUCUCGCGCGAGAGCAUCUCAGAUUACUCACUUCUAUACAUAUAAAUCUUCUUUGACUCAAUUUUGGUCAGCUGAGGAAGCUUCGCAACGAUAUAACAAGGGAAAUGUCGCUAUCCGUCCGCAAAGUUCGACGGAAUUGUAUAACUUGUUACCACCAAACCGUGAGACCGUUAAAAAAUUGAAGCCUGUGUUAGUUACGAAAAGUAGGGUUCGUAAGCUCAUUGAUUUCUUGAUUACACACAAUCCAUGCCAAGAUAAUAUGGAUGCUUUGUUUGAUGAGGCUGAUUUCGAUGCAGAUACAGGUGUGCCGCAUGCUUUAGCGAUUUGCCAUUUGCUGACAGAGGAUCAGGCUUCCCCAGAUGCAGGUUUCAAUUCAUGCGAUACUCACGAUACUCAUGGAAGUGACGGUGGUGAUCUUGUCAUGGAACCUGUUGGGUAUACAGAAGAAAAAAUGAAAUUACAUGCACUCGCAUAUGUUUUAGACCGCAAGAAAUUCUUGUUUGAUCCUGGUCUCAUGUCCUAUUUGUUUCCCCAUCUCGACCCUUGGGAUAUCGGGGGAUUUUUUCAUUCUGGGCGAACAAAGCAGCAACACCUUUCAAUGCAAGCGCAAGUGAGAAAUUUGCUUCGUCAUGAUGAUUCACCUUUUAGAAAUGAUCCUCAGUUUGCCUUCAUAUUCAGCAGGAAUACAACUUUUCGCAUCGCUAAGGAACUGACAGAUAUCGCGCCAUCCUUGACAUCUUUAGCUGAUAAGUGGAGUCACUCUAAAGCUGUCCACAUCCUGCGUCGUUUGCAAGCUUCAACAAGGUCGAUUCGUUCUUUGAUGAAAAAAUUUAGCACACCUGCGUUAUUUGUGACGCUGAAUCCUCAUGACUUGACUAGCAUCGAGUUGGCAGAUUGGUCAAUGAUUCGUCCUGAUGCAGCUGCCAUUGCGUUUGAUCUUCAGAUUCGUGCCUUUAUUGAUAUUAUCCCGAAGUAUAAGCAUGGCCCUGGUAUAUUUGGACACUCGCAAGGGCGGGGCACCUUACAGUGUCAUAUCCCACAAGCUUUGCGAGAGCGCAAGAUGUUCGCAUGGUUAGAGAGUAUUAUCAGCUGCGAACUGCCAAAUGAUACUGCGUGCGACGCAAAGAAGCCUGACAGAGAGUUGCCUCCACAAAUUGCGGACUUAGACGAUCAAUCUUUUGCAUACGAAUUUCAAGCAUUUUUGACUCGCUUGGCGAUAGAAUGUAAUUGGCAUCACAUAAGAGCCGGUGAAAAGCGUGGAGACCACAAUUGUCGGAUGCGCCUUGAUGGAUCACUGCAGGCUGUUACCAGCAUCGAUUUGCGUCGAUGGCGAGGUAGGGUGAACAAUUAUACGGACCUGAUAUUUCAGUUUAUCGGUUCGGGUGAAGCUGCCAAGGCGGCCGUCUUUUAUAUAACCGAGUAUAUCACGAAAGGUAAUCUUCCAAUGUACACAGGUCUCCAGGCCUUAGAGUAUGCCACCAAAAUGCAUGAACAAAAGUUUGAAGUCGAAGAGAACGUCGGUGCAGAAAGAAUUAAUCGUAGUCUGAUAACUAAAUCUGUGAAUGCCUUGAUGGGUCAACAGGAAAUAUCCCAUCAACAAGUCAUGAGUUAUCUUGUUGGGAGUGGUGACUUUUAUACGAGUCAUACUUUUCAGACAGUGAAGUGGUAUGAGUUUGUUGCGUAUGCGGAAAAAACAAGUGAUCCCAGUAUUAUUAGGCGAUGCAAUCCCACGGCCGGAUGGUGCAGAGGAAGAAUAUGA